AUGUUGCGGUAUCUAGAAGUGAAUUCCAAUCCGUGGAAUGGAGUUCUGCCCAGUUCUAUUGGGAAUCUUUCAUCUACUAUUGAAGUAUUUGAUAUAUCAGAUGCACAAAUCAACGGCCUCAUCCCCAUUAGUAUAGGCAACAUGAGCGCUUUAUUUGACCUAGACUUUCAAGAGAACAACUUGACGGGAACCAUUCCUUCUGAGGUCGGUAAUCUUGAACAACUCCAAGGUCUACGUCUAGCUAGCAAUAAAUUACAGGGGGGUAUUGUAGAGGUAGUAUGUCAUUUAUCUAAUUUGGUUCAAUUAACUAUAGAUGAUAAUGAGCUCUCUGGGUUGAUUCCAGAAUGUAUAGGAAAUCUUAGCAUGCUACAAGAAUUUUAUUUGGGUUCUAACAAAUUUUCAUCAACAAUACCUUUGAGCCUUUGGAAAAUGAGUAGUCUUCUCAGUCUAGACGUGUCACAGAAUUCCAUAGAGGGAGAGGUUCCAGUGAAUAUUGGGGAACUGAAGGCCAUGGUAGAACUAUAUCUUAAUGGUAACCACUUUACGGGCAUGAUACCAAGUACAUUGGGGGACCUCCAAAACCUGAAGUCUCUUCACGUAUCGAACAAUUCAUUUUCAGGCACAAUUCCAUUCUCCUUUGGCAACUUGAUAAGUUUGGAAUUCUUGGAUAUGUCUUUAAAUGCUUUGUCAGGUACCAUUCCUAAGACAUUGGAAAAACUCUCAUACCUUAAAAACAUCAAUGUCUCAUUUAAUAAUUUAGAAGGUGAAAUACCCAGUGGUGGUGUGUUUGCAAAUUCCACUCUACAAUCAUUUCUCGAACAAAGGUUCAUGGAAUGCACAUAUCGAGGUUCUGCCGCGCUAUCACUAACUCGGACAUCAAUCAAAGUUGAAGAAGCUUGUGCUAAAAAUUGUUAUUCCGGUGUUUACUUUAUCCUUUCUGAUAUUCUUGUUUACUUCAAUAUGGAUAAUGAAACGACGGAAGAAGAGAAAGUCCAAAGACGUGGAAAAGGUACCGGAGGUCAAGAUGCAUCAAUUAAUAUCUUAUCACGAGAUUCAACGAGCAACAAAUUAUUUUGA